UUCGAAUGAGUCAAAAAUGCAAGGACAGUGAACUUUCAUUUUUAUUAAUUUAAGAUAGAUUUUAAAUAGUUUUUAAGAUUUUAAGUAGGAUUUUGAUACCAAAUUAAGAUACUUAAGAUGUUAGAGAUGCAUUCAAUAUGUAGAGGGAUCAAAGACGAGCGUUUUUUUACUUUUUUGUUGAAUUGUGAAAUGUUUCUGCAGGGCCGUGUUAUAAUUGUUUGGUUAUCUUGGCUUAUAGGAGGAAUUUGUGGCGUUGUAAUUUUGUUAGCUAUAGUUUGCUACUGCCGCCUCAUGCCGCGUCACCAGAAAUCUUUUGAUGAGCAAUACCUGAAGGAAAAAGGCAGCAUCAAAGAUAGCUAUGCUGCUUACACCAGUCAGGACGGCUACACGAGGGUGAAGAAUGCCGAGGUGCAGGUGUCCCGGCACCUGCGGCCGGCGAGCUACGCGGGCGACGCGGAGCGCCGCGGGCGCGCCUCGCGGGCGCCGCCGCCGCCCGAGCCGCCCGCCAGCCGGGACCAGGCGGCGCAGUACGCGUCCAGUGGCAUGCUGGACGAAUUGUCUACCAGCACGAGCAUCGACGCGCUCAAGACGCGCUCGCUGCCGGCGUUCCUGCGGCCUAAACCGCGACCCCUGUCCACUGAGGACGACCUGCAGCAGCUCUACGCUAAGGUGUCGCUGAGCAAGAAGUACAAGAACCGCAUGCGCAGCGAGCACGCCGCCAUCAUCGCGCUCAGCAAGUCCCGGAGCCAGUUCUUCGAUGCUGACGCCGUCAUCGUGUACGACCAGCGCACCGCGCUCUAACCAGGCCCGGAUUUAGAGACCUAGGGCCCCUGGGCUCUUGGUAUGGCACCUAGAAUUUAGGGGGGCCCCCUUCUCCAUCUCAAAAUCAUUGGUCGGUUGCCUGCCUUAUUGGCCUAGGCGGAAAUCCGGCCUAAGCUUAGCCUAACUUAAGAAUAUCUAGUGCUCAAAGUAAUAGGUACUUAUGAUAAUAGAAUCGGACCAAGCUAAAUCUGCACCGACUUUAUAUUGACAGUGUGAGAGUGUCACCGUAAACGUGAUAGAGUGUGUGAGAAUGUCACUGUAAACGUCAAAUUUUGACACUUUAAAGUCGGCGCAGAGUUAGCUUAGAUUAGACGAACUCUAUUCUCAUCAUCAGGUAGAAGACGUCCAAAGGUAUGAUUUCUUCGCCGCUGAAGAACAAUAACAAGUAAUAACUAAUAAUGUGCUGCUUCUAAAGGACAUGAAACAUUUCAGCUGAUCUUGAUUCCAGCUCAAGGACUUCCCAUCCGGACGUAGCUUUUCGAGACGUUAAAUUCAGAUGUACAACUGUUAAUAUCAGAUAUGUCUACACAUUUUACAGAAACGUUCUACCGUACUUUCUUGACAAUAAAGUCGUGUGUAGAUAUUGUUGACCUCCUUUAACCAGUACAUCUGCUGCUAUUUGACGUUGGAUUAUGGUCACCACAUUCAAUAGUCAUUUUGAUUAGAAAAUAGACUUUUUUUAAAGGUUUAGUCGCUUUGGUCCUUCUAACCGGAUUUCAAAGUUUUAAUCUACUCUUCGUAUAUUUCUAGAUUUCUACCUGUUCUCUUUCCACCAUACAUAUCAAUAUCAAAUACAAAUAAUCUCAUAGUAAAAAUAGAAUACUUAGCGCGUAUAGUACGAUGAAUUUUAUCGACGAAUCACCCCCCAUACCUAUGUUUUUUCUCACCCCCCAUACCUUGUGAGUGGUUCCAAAAUGUUUACUUAAUAAGUAGUCAACAUUUGCUGUCACACAAUUGGCGGAUUGUGAUUGUUGAAUAUUGUGAUAAUUGAAUACAUAUAACUAUUAGUUUUAGUUAUAAUUAUAAACGAGAGUGGCCUAACAACGGUUGGUUCCGUGGAACCACGUAACCAACUGAUAAGGUCAGUGAGUACCAUUUACUCUUAUGUUUCACUAUGUACAGGCCUACAAUCAAUAAAAACAAACAACUAAAAGGCCCCUUUGGAUUAUUAAAAAUCACCGUGUUUUUUUAUGCCACUGACUUUUCAUAUUGUGUUGUGUGCAUUAUUUAAUUAUAAUGUAAGUAUGUAAAUCAUAACGGUUUUAACUAUAGGUUGCCUAGGUAAGGAUUACUUUUCUACGUAAAAUUGUAUUUUGGCUCAAUCUUUUGAUUUUUGAAAUAUUUAUUAUUCUAUUUUAUAAAAAAAAUAACGAUUUUGUAAACAAAUGUUACGACCAUUUCGUCGUCGCGUCGUCCAUAUUUUUUACUAAAAUUAGUUUAAUUUAGUGGGAUUUGCGUUUAAUAACAAUGUAGUUGUUGUGAUGAAUUAAAAUUAUGGUAAAUAGUAAAUGUAUACUCGGAUAGUUAUAAUUGUUAACAGGAAAUACAAUUUUAUAAUCACUUUA